AUGCAUCUUCUGAUCAAGGAGGUUUUGACUGACGACACCUCAGCAAACGUUCCUGCUCACGAUGUCCCCGUCCCCUCCACCUUCACCUGUACGGGGAAGCAGCCGGGCAUGUACGCCGACCCUGCCGACUGCUCCAUGUACUACGAGUGCGUGCUGGGCCACCCCGUGUACCACCGGCCCUGUGCCCCGGGGGGAACCGUGUAUGACCCCGCCAGUCUCAGGUGCAUGUGGCCCUACGAAGUGUCCGGCCCGUGCCGAGCUUACACCGUACCAUCUAGCCAGACCGAACGAUUCUCGUGUGCGGGGAAGGCGCCCGGUCACUACCCCGAUCCUGACAGCUGCAGCCGGUACUACGAGUGUACCCUGCUCAGCAGUGAGCCGUUCCACCGGGACUGUCCUCCGGGAGGCCUGGUGUUUGACGCCGGGAGACAGUACUGUACCUGGCCGUGGAGCGUAUCCGGCCCCUGUGUGAAUUACGGACAGUGAGCGAAAAGGCGCAGAGCUUCCAAACCCGUCGACUCAUCUCAGCUGGACUGAGGCCUACGUCAUACAAAGAAGUGAACUUAUAAUUUGUUUAAGAUUCUAGAUAAUUCUGCCUUUGUAUAUUUCGUUCGUCCAUCAUUUAUAACAUGAUAUAAUGAUUGGAAGAUUUUGGAAUACAUGUGCAAUAUCCUUGGAAUAUUUGGAAGUUCCUUUUGGUAUUCUUCAGUCUUUUAUACUGUACAGUAUUUAUAGUAUGAAGAAAUAAAGACUAAGCAGUGCAAAUCACAA